AUGGAGGCACCACAGAUGCGCAAAAGGAAGCGCUCGGCUAUCGCAUGCACGCGCUGCCACGAUCGAAAAGUUCGGUGUUCGCUGGCUUUUCAGGGCAUCCCGUGUGCAAAUUGUGCUCAGGAUGGCACCAUCUGCAAGGUCUAUGGCCAGCAGCAUGAUGUGGCGGUGCCCGUGUCUUCUCCUGGUCAUCAGUUAGGCCACCUUCCGCCCCCGAUCGACUACAAUAGCCGUCCAGAUCAAGCGACCCUGCCACCAAGGCCACUUUACCCGCUGGUGCCAUCUCCAAGAUCUAUACACAAUACCGAGGCAACGUUUCAACAAGCAUCGGAUCCCAUUGCAGUCCCCCGGGACCGCGUAAGUGCGGAGCAGAGUCCUGUCCAUGUCCCGUCCCGAGACGGUCAAAGGGGGCCGGACACCUCAAGUGAGAUCCCAGUCAGCACUCAGCAAACGCCUACCACGGUUUCGGGGUCGAUAUCUGACAAGCCCCACGGACCUGAGCCCCCUCGGGACAACCUUGUGCCUUAUUAUGCCGGCGAGGGUAAGGGACUCGAAUUCGUGUUCGACAUCUGCUCCCCAAAUCGGCCGGUGAAGGGCAGCCCUUAUAUCAUCAGUCGCAACGUCCUCAAUCGACAGUUGUUCAAACCCGAGAUAAGUCCCGGUGCCAGGCCCCAGUUCUCACCCUCGGUCUGCACGCAGCUCCUUCGAAGCUUCUUUCACUACGUCUACCCUGUUUUACCAGUCGUCAAUGCCGGGGAGUUUAUCACUACGUACUCCAAAGACCCGGACGGCGUCAGCUGUCUGUUGCUGUGGUCGGUGUUUUUUGCUGCAUCCAUCUUCAUUGAUGCUGAAACCCUCAAGACCGCCGGGUUUCAAUCUCGGAAGAGGACAUAUGAUGCACAGCUCGAGACCAACAAGUCCGCUGUAAUAGCGUCGGUGCUGCUCCUGGGCUACUGGGCCGUUGAUCUGGAGGAUCUGGACGGGCCCUGCUACUGGAUCGGUGCGGCAAUCCAUCUCUGCUUCAGCAUAGGACUCCAUCGGGAACCCAGGUAUUCGCGGCUUCCACGAUGUCCUUUUCCUCCGUCACAACUAGCACUCUGGAGACGGUUGUGGUGGUGCUCCUAUUAUCGUGAUGCCUGGCUCUCUUUGAUUACUGGGAGACCUAUGCGCGUCCACCUCGACGACUGCGAUCUGGAACUACCAUUGGUUCCAGACGUCUUGGAAGAUCUCAAAGAUCUGACCCCCGAACUGCGCGAAAAAUUCCUGCCACCCGACCUCGGUGCUCUGGCGGACCUUUGGAUUAAAUUACUGCGCUUGUCGAUCAAGUUGGAAGACGCUCUCGUUCUCCAUUACCGCCCAAGCAGACCGCCGUUAUCGUUGUCUCGAUUGGAGGCUGAUCAUGCGGAUAUCUCACAUCUCCUCGACAGUCUUCCUACCGACAUUGAGAACCAGUCUCGCAUCCUGAUGCUCCACAUGAGCCAUUUCCGAUGCUAUUGCCAGACUGUCAUCAUCGUGCUCCAUCGCCCUUACAUUCUUUCGACCCCUGUUCACUUGUCACCAGCUGAACGAAGUAGACUUCAAAUGGCGGCCACUCAGAGAUCAAAGCUGGCCGCAGCCGACUCCACCAACACUCUCAACAGACUAAUCGCGCAGGAUAUGAUUGAGACAUCGCCUACAAUGCUGGUAACCGUCAUUGUGGUCACUAUGCAGAUCCAUCUUUUUGAGCUUGCUCGAUCUGACGGCAUCAUUCGUCAGCAUGCGGGACAUAAUAUGAACCUGCACCUGAUGGUCCUCUCACACCUCAACAAGACCUUUUGGAGCGCAGAGAUGUACCGGAACCUCUUCGCCGAAGUCCUCAAAGUGCUCAACGCCGGUUCAGGGCACGUGGUCCAAUACUUGGGUUGCGGGGUGGGUUCACUGGAGGCGACCGGGCCAGCAAGCACUCCUCAUGCUCGCGACGAUCAGGUCAACACCGUGCACUCGCACUCGCACACGCACGCACACACGGUUCUGGAGAGUUGCGGGCUAGGCGCCGCGGGCUUUGACGAAUUCCUUGCGUCGUUUGGUCCGUUUGACAAUUUUUACUAUUUGUUUGACGAAGGGUGA